UUGUUUUUGUCUAAUUCGAAUCGUUUUGUUGCUCGGGGUACGGCUCGAGUUUGAACCCGACUCCCAGGUUCGAGGGAAGCUCGAUUCUUUUGGUGCAGUGGAGAUUUGGGUGCUUCCUUAUAAUUGGUUUAGACACAAUUUGUUGCCGUCAGAAGUGGGUAGUUCCUUAUGAACGUGCUCAAGUAGUCUCCCAACUGAAAUUUGCUUUCACUGGAAAUGUUAAUGGGUGGUUCAUUACUUAUCAAGGCAAAAUACCCGUUAUGGAAUUAGUGCUUACAGCUCUAGUAUUAGAUCAUAUCUGCACAAAACUUCCGCUUGAGGAAUCGGCUUAAAGCUUGAUAUAUUGCUAAGUCCGUUGUGGAGCGAGGAAAGCAUUGCCCUCGACCUCAUCUUAUUGCAACUGCCAUUGAUGUCAUGCGUGCGCCAUAUAGCCUUGAUUGAAGUUCUUGCGUGGACUGAUGUUUCCGUUUUUAUGAGACCUUCGGUUAUAUUCAAUGAUUUUCCGUCAAACGAACCAUGCUAGAUAUAUAGGUUGCGCAGUUUCAGACUCGUGGUUAUCCCCAUGGCUUACUAUUGUUGUAUCCUUCUGCUUAGUGCUUAAUAGAAUUAGCUGUGAGAAAGUUAAAUGAAUAGGGCUAUUGUUAGUAAAGAUCUGAAACAUGUAAGUAGGCUCUCACUUUAAAUAACAUGCAAUGUAGAGCUGAGUCCCAAGUUGAUUUUGCUUAGGUAAACUCGUUGAGUGAGCGGUGCAGACGUAGCCAUUUAUGCUUUAAGAUGUCCCUUCUUGUCUUAGGCAACUGCUGAUUAUUAUGCUGAAUCUGGAUAAAGCAACUUUCAUGUAGCCAGAACCAUCUUUUAAGUUUAUAUUCUCAUGCGAAUGGUGUUAUGGUGGUGAUAUCAUGCAUAAGAACUCCUGAGGUUUAAAGUCAUGUAAUUAGUCACUCUAGUUGCUGGAAAACUUAAACGAAAAAAAAAAAUCAAAUUUUACAUGCUUUGUUCCUGACUAACAUAUCACACCCUGUAUGACAAGGUGAGGGCAUGCUAGUUAUGCUCAAUUUUAGAUUCCAGAUGAUUGUCAGUACUAACUAGUCUCGUCUCCGGCCAUUUUGGAAUUUCUUUUGAGAAUAGAACAUAUAUCUUAUGCUUUUAUUCAAGUGCAUGAGCCAUGCAAAGUUUUUAGCAUUCGAAGAAGUAUGGAACUCUUUGAAAACUUUCAGAAGGUCUUCGCUAACAAGCUCCCAAAUUUUUAUGAAAAACAGUAAAUCCAUCCAAACCCGGUGCCUUAUCUCCAUUGCAAUACAAGAGUGUCCUUCUAAUUUCCUCCUCCUCAAAAGGUAUUUUCCAUAUCAGCCAUAUCAGGAUCAAGAGAAGUCAAAGUUAUCCCCUCCAAUUCUGAUCGCUCGACACAUCUCUCCCUAUAUAAAUCAGCAUAAAAUUCAGAUAAUUGCACUCUCAUGGCAUCCACAUUUUCAACAACCUACCCAAAGACUUCCAACUUAUUGAGGAAGUUAUAUCUUCUACGAGCAUAGGUCAUCUUAUGAAAAAAUUUGGUGUUUCUGUCACCCUCGUCAAGCCAAAUCUGCCGACUGUCUCAGGAGGUUUCUUCCAUUUUUGAAUUAAAAAAACGAGUUUUUUUUCCCAUUAUAUUCUCCUAAAGCUCUCUUCCUCAGCUAGAGUCACCUGGAUCUCCUUAUCGUCAAGCUUGUCAACUUCUUGAAUUGCCUCCCUAAUUUUGUUUCCCAGGUUUCCCACCUUCUUGUGACUCCAUUGUUUCAGAACAUAUUUUAGCCCCUUGAGCAUCGAAGCAAAAUUAAAGCUGGCAUGCCCUCCAAUAGAACUAUUCUUCCAUUAAUUAAUAACUGCCUUUUUGAAAUCUUCUAUUUUGAGCCACAUAUACUCAAACCGCAAAGGAGUGGGGCCCCAUCUAAUACCUCUCAACUCUAACAGAAGAGGAUGGUGACAUGAGGUCACACAAGGUUGAGCAGCAAAUGAGAGAGAGUUUGCUGACUGGGAAAGGAAUUUCAUUCCACCGCCUGCUGGAGGCAGUGCCAUUUCAGGGCAGUGGCGAUAAGAUCAAAUUGCCACCUUCCUGCUUCACUGAAUUGUCUGAUCAAGGUGCCUUUGAUAAGGGGCCUAUGUACUUUCGGUUGGCAGUGGUUCAACAAGGUAAUCCUGUGGAUAUGAAAACUGACGAUGAGGAGAAUGGGGCCACCCAUUGUGGUGUGUUAGAGUUUACUGCAGAUGAAGGUUCUGUUGGACUUCCACCUCAUGUAUGGAGUAACAUGUUCCAGUCAGAUUCGCCAGCGACUCCAUUGGUUGAAGUCCGUUAUGUCUGGCUCCCAAAAGGAACUUAUGCGAAACUUCAGCCUGAUGGGAUGGGCUUCUCCGACUUGCCCAAUCACAAGGCUGUUCUUGAAACGAGCCUGCGGCAGCAUGCAACUCUUUCUCAAAAUGAGAUUCUAACUGUAAAUUAUGGUGACAUUAUAUACAGGUUACGUGUACUUGAUUUGAAACCUGCUUCAAGUGUGUCAGUUUUAGAAACUGACAUUGAGGUUGAUAUAGUUGGCCCUGCUUCUACUCUGGAGGGGACAGACCAGCGCAGGCUCAUACCCCUGACACCAGGAAAGUCUGAGUCUGGAAUGGUUGAUGAAGGUAACUAUGUUUAUUACAAGUUUUCCAUCGAAAAUGAUGUCUGGGAGAAGAUAUCUUCUCAAAAUGCCAUGGUGGAGGUGACGGUAGAAGCAGAAACGGAUGAGGGAGACACUGAUCUUUACAUAUCCAGGCAUCCCCUUAUAUUCCCAAACAGACAUCAACAUGAAUGGUCUUCACAUGAUUUGGGUUCAAAGACACUGAUUCUUAGCUUCAAGGAUAAGGGUCUUGGGGCAGGCACUUAUAGCGUCGGUAUCUAUGGCUUCAAGGGAACAAGCAAAUUUCUGGUAUCAGUUACUAUUAAUGAUAAAAUUGAGAGGACGGUGGGUCAACAAGCCAGAUCCUCAUCUUCAUCUGCAGAGAUAGAUACUGUGGAGUGUAGAAACUGCAAGCGUUUCAUACCCAGUAGAACUAUAGCACUCCAUGAAGCAUAUUGCAGCAGACAUAACGUAGUUUGUAAGCAUGUGGGUUGUGGAAUAGUUCUAAGAGUCGAGGAGGCUAAGAACCAUGUGCAUUGUGACAAAUGCGGACAAGCUUUUCAGCAAGUAGAAAUGGAGAAGCAUAUGAAAGUGUUCCAUGAGCCAAUCCAAUGUCCUUGCGGAGCUGUCCUAGAAAAGGUGCAAAUGGUUGAGCACCAAGCUUCAGUUUGCCCCUUACGCUUGAUCACGUGUCGUUUCUGUGGGGACAUGGUUCAUGCAGGAGACACUGCGGUGGACAUGAGAGACAGAUUGAGAGGUCUGUGUGAGCAUGAGAGCAUCUGUGGGUCAAGAACUGCUCCUUGUGAUUCGUGUGGCCGUUCCGUCAUGUUGAAGGACAUGGACAUACACCAAAUUGCUGUUCACCAAAAGAAUUAGAUGAAGUGCCUAUUGAAUUCUACCCGAUCGCCACACUAUACGAAUCAACCUAUCUGUGUAUAUCAGCAGCAGACUGCUUUCCCAGAAUUCCUGUGGUUGAGAUCGGUAUUGAACGGUGAAUGUCUUAUCUUUCGAGAACGGUUGUGAUUGUAAUGUCGCUCUCUGUACUUGCGUGUAAUAUGCUGCCGCUCGGAAAUGCUUCUCUUGAGAGAGUUACCGUGCUGUCUUCAGCUUGCUUAUCGAUGUAUGUGGUCCGUUUCAAAGCGCCGAAAGGUCAUUCGAGUUGCUUUGGAUCUUUCUGCAUCAAACAACAGGUUAGGAAGGUGAGUCUUCGCUGGUGUAUAAUUCGGGUCCUGGGUCAUAUGGAGAAGGAUUACUCGGAGAGUUCUUUCAUAUUGUAUCCUUCUCUUUCAAAUUCUUGUUGGUUUGAGCCGAGCGUUUGCAGUAUGUCAUACCUGGAUGGCUACAUUACAGUAA